CGCUCAUCCUUCCUUUACUUCAUCGACAUUGUACAUCACUCAAUCGCCACUACUUAACCUUGUUCUUCCUAUACUCAUCACAUACUAGUUCUCUCCGCGAUCAUCAUUCGUAUAAAUUUUCUCUGUUUCCAGCAAUGAUGUCUGGAUCUCCAUACAUUAUCCUUACCUAUCUCUCUAUGUAUCUCCUAAUCCACUCUGCAGGUACCGUGAGCUCUGCAACAUUUACAUUAGUCAAUCAAUGCAGCUAUCCCGUGUGGCCCGGUUUGCUCUCGGGCGCUGGCACUCCUCCCUUGUCCACCACCGGCUUUCUUCUCAGUCCCGGGGCUUCGAAUUCCCUGUUUGUGCCCCUCUCCUGGUCUGGAAGAAUCUGGGGACGCACUCUAUGUACGCUAGACUCCGCUAGUCAAUUCACUUGCGCCACUGCUGAUUGUGGCUCCGGGACAGUAGAAUGUGCUGGCACUGGCGCCAUUCCACCAGCCACUCUAGCAGAAUUCACCCUAAAUGGCGCUGAUGGCUUGGAUUUCUACGACGUCAGUCUCGUGGACGGCUACAACCUGCCAAUGACAGUAGUGCCUAGUGGCGGAACUGCUGGAAACUGCUCAGCUACGGGCUGUUCAGCCGAAUUGAACAGCCCCUGUCCAAUGGAGCUCAAGGUCCUGGGAGGGGAAGGUGGGAGCGAGAGUGUCGCGUGCAGAAGCGCCUGUGAGGCCUUCGGGGAUGCAAAGUAUUGCUGUAAUGGGGAAUACGGGACGCCUGAUACGUGCAAGCCAACAAUCUACUCGGAGUUCUUUAAGAGUGCUUGUCCACACGCUUAUAGUUAUGCUUAUGAUGAUGGUACCAGCACUUUUACGUGUGCCUCCGCGGACUAUACCAUCACAUUCUGUCCUUCCCCUGCCCCCGGGCGAAAAUCAUCUGGAGGGCCAGCAACAGCCGCAUUUCCAGACCCAGAUGGGUCAUCAGCUACUAAGUUGAGACUAGUUUUCGUUUUGCCAAUUCUGGCAAUAAUGUUCGGGCACUUGUUGAACUAGUAGUCUAAACUAGCUAGAAUAUCUAGCGAGGUUCGUCGCCCCAAUGAAGAAAAAAGAGGAGAUACUCUAACUGGCUUGGCUGAGUCCACUCCACUUUUGGAUUGAUGCUUGAAGGUGUCAACUUGAGCUCGAAGCCCCACCCCCGCAAUCCUUGACCUCUUCAGCAGGCGGCAGCCUGCAUUUGUGUUUGCAUGAUGACAAGAACUUGUUAUCCUAUUCCACACUUACAAAGUUACUCUCCCGUCUUGUACCUAGUGUACAACUCUCUCGCAGACAGCACAAGUCCUUUCGACUCUGUGACAGAAUUUUUAUUAACUUGGAUGAGGAUCUGAGAAAUCACGGACAAAACAUGAGACUAGACCCAGGGUCCAGGGUCACUGGCUCUGACAAUUGUUAGCUAAAUUUAUCAUAAGUGUUAUGUGCUAUAGUUGUAAAAUUUUGUUCAACCUUUUUCCAGACUUAUGUAAACUUGUAAACUGGAUUUAUAUUCAAUUCAAUUCGAUAUAUAUAUAUAUAUAUAUAAAUUUUCCCCUCUAAA